CCGUUUUGUACUGGCGGUAUCAGCUAGCCGUUUUGGAACGCCGGUAUCCGGGCCAAUUCUCCUAUGACACUGGCCUCGAUCGAAAAUCUCGUAUCAGCGGAAUGGCGAUGUUUCAAGCCAGGACUUUCGGCCAAGGUGUUAAGGAUAAUCUGCUAGUACUUUCAACAGUUUUCACUCUAUUUGCCGGUUUAUCAUGCUCGGAACCUUUUUCAAAUGGGUGGUUACCUGUUGAAGAUGUGGUUACACCAUAUGAACAUGGCAAGCACGGCUCCCCUCGCUCUCAUCGACAGAUACGAGAAUGUCAACCAGUCAUAUAUGGUAACGUGACUCAUCACAUGCAAAAAUCACACAACUCGGAGCAGAAUGGAAAAGUCCCUUACCCCAUAACUGAUCUGAAGUAUUUUUAUGAUGACCUACCGCUUGGUGAGCGAGCCCCUGGGCACAUCGUUUGGGUGAAGAAUCCCGCCCGGACAGUCUCUGUCCUGGAGCCAUAUGACUCUGGUGGUUGCACCAACCUCCACAGGGCCACUGUCGUAGCCUCUGCUAAGCAGGAGAACUGUAUGGUUGCUGUCAAUGCAGGAUUUUUCAACACCAGAACUGGCGAUUGCUAUGGAAAUGUGGUGACCAAUGGAAAACUGGUCCAAUCAAGUGGAGGCUUGCAGAAUGCACAUUUUGGUAUCCGGGCUGAUGGGACAAUCGUUUUUGGGUAUUUAUCAGAAGAGGAUGUAUUACAGAAGGAAAAUCCAUUCAUCCAGCUUGUGGGAGGAGUUGGUUGGUUGCUAAGAGAUGGUGAAAUAUACGUGGAAGAGAGUAGGAAUGCAGAGUGCGAAGAUGUAGAGGAAUCAGGUACUGUGGACCAAUUCUUCAACAUGUUGUCAGCGAGAGUGGCCGUCGGUAGUGAUGAUGAAGGUCAUUUGGUACUUGCAGUUAUAGAUGGACAGAGCAAAGUCAGGGGGCUAUCAUUGUCAUCCUUUGCAUCAUGGCUUCUAUCUCAUGGAGUAAAGAAUGCUAUAAACCUUGAUGGUGGAGGAUCUGCUUCCUUUGUGAUCAAUGGUACAGUAGCCAACAAUCCAUCAGAUCAUUGUCGAAACUCUGCCUACCGAUGUCCUAGGCAAGUUUCCACCAUAAUCUGUGUCCACGAGCCAAGAUGUGAUCCAAGAGAUUGUAAUAACCAUGGCGACUGUAUCCAGGGAGUGUGUCAUUGCCAUGCCAAGUGGCAUGGUGUGUCAUGUGAACAGCUACAAUGUGGAAAUCACAACUGCAGUGAGAGAGGCAUUUGUUCGGGAGAUGGAUGUCGUUGUGAUGAGGGCUACUUUCCCCCAGAUUGCUCAAUGACUUGCCCUAGUGGUUGGUAUGGUCAAGACUGUAGCCGUCAUUGUGAUUGUGUUCAUGGUGGAUUGUGUGAUCCAAUCAAUGGAGAAUGCAAAUGUCUUCCCGGCUACACAGGAAAAUACUGUCGAGAGAUUUGCCCUAUUGGAUAUUAUGGACCUGGAUGCAAUGAAGAAUGUCAAUGCAGUGAUGAUCUGUGUCCCUGUCACCAUAUAACAGGAUCAUGUAUGCUUCGGCACAAUGACUCAUACUAUGGUAGUAUUCUUAAAGUUGGGGAGUGUCUCGCCAGGAGAAUCAUCCGAGAUGAAGCGCUGGUUCCAUACAAUCCUCUCUUGGAAGACCAACUCACAGUGCUCCUCAUUAUAGCGGUUGCCGUGGCAAUCGUCAGCAUCCUGUGCAAUAUCAUCUGCCUCUGUUUUCGCUGCUCCUGCAGGUGCACCACCUUGUCAUGCGAGAAUGGGUACAGUAUCCCAAGGAAACAUGUCUACCAUCAGCUGGAUAAUGCAGACUACACAGAGGAAGAUGAUAACCUCUGACCCUUGUGUGACCUUUGACCUGUACAUCCAUCUCCAGUACUUUUGUGUAAUCAGAUUAUUUAUAUGACUUUACAAAUAAUAUUGGUAUUAUAUUGAAAUAUUUUUAAUUUCAGGUCUGCUUUGCAGCAUGGGUAUUAAAUAUUGAGUUUCAUGUAUUUUUUUUUUGUGUGUGUUACUGACAGUAUUUGUGGAAAUGAUGCUGCUGAAUCAGGUGCUCUACCAAUUAUUUCUUGUUUAAGGGAAAAUAUAACCCUUGUAUUUCAAAACUGAUUGGUUUUCAGAAAAGCCGUAAAGUAUGAUUGACAAGUGACAUAAUGUGACAUUUACCUCAUUCUGCAGUGCAUAUACCUAUUGGAAAUUGUUUUUGUAAGCUUUUCAAUGUAUACAACUGCUGCAUUACAUAUGGGUUGCAUAUAUUACCAACGACCAUCAAAUUUUAUGUUAAGAAUACAGGAGAACAUUAAAACUGGGGAUUUUCCAAUAAAUAGUUCCCUAUAGAAAUUAUUUAUUAUUUGUUAUUUUUAAAUAAUAUCAUGCAUUGGAAAGGGGCAAGAAUAGAUAUCACCUUCCUCUUAUUUUUUCUGAUAAAUGGAAGCUGCAAUCUUGGAUGAUGUCUUGCCUUAUAAUUUGCCCAUGGUCAUAUAUUGAACAAAACAGGUUAUAUUGUCAGUUCAUGCAGUAACUAACAUGCACCCAAUAUAUUUUUGCACAAAAAUAGUAUUUUUGUUUGUUUCUUUUAUACCUCAUGGCACUAUUACAUGUUCAUUGUGGUAUGUGUUAUAUACGACAAAUUUGGUACUAAUUUGUUUCUUUCAAUAUAUACUCCAUUAUGACAUAGUACUUUUAGCAUGUACUUUGUAAAAAUAUUAGUACUAUUUCAGUUUUAUAUGCCUCCACCCGGAGGAGGCAUUGUGUUUCCAGGUCAUUCAUCUACCCAUCCCAUGUAUGCAUAUAGGAGUGACAAUUAUGAGUAAAUUUUGGGUCUCGAGGUCAAAGGUCACAGUGGUCUUCGUAUACCUGAAAAGGUCUUGAUCUCAGGAUAAAUAAAGAGCUGUUCAAGGGGUCAAAUCCAGAAUUUGCUCAUAUAUUAGUCUAUACAUGUGAGUGAUGAUGAUCUGAGUAGAUAUUGGGGUCACAAGGUCAAAAGGUCACAGAGGUCAUUAUAUACCUGAUAACUAUAGAAUCGUUUGAGGGAUCAUCUUUUGAUAUAGCUAAUAUGUUUAUAAAAUUAUGGGAGCGAAGAUGAUCUAAUCAUACAUUUACGUUGCAGGUUAAAAGGUCAAAAGUAAUAGAGGUCAACCAUUUCUUUUUGUCACAAUAACGUGUAGGUCCUAUGAACACAGCAUAUUUAUCCUCAGUUCAUGUAUGCUUUUUGGAGUGACAAUCUAGAUUUUUCUAGUGUUUGAAAAUAUAAGAUGUUGAGUUUGAAAUAUACUUGUAUUUCUAAUGUGGCGAUGUCAUACAUUUUUACUGCAUGCAUUUUAUCUACCUGGUAUCUUUUGUAAUGUUAUAGAAAAGGAAAAUUGUGUUACUACAUGUAUGCAGUACUAGUGGCUUUGUGAAGUAUAUUUAUGUUAUUUUCAGGAUUUUUCUUGGGUAGAGCUUGGUUUCUUCAUCAGUGGUAUUGUGUGUGAUGCUGUAUUAAAAAGUGUAUUCCUUUUCCAUCAGGGUGGAUCUGUAUUGGAAUACGCGCAGCAUCUAGGUCGGGUCUUUGACAUGUGCGCGCCAUUCCAGAGACUUUAUUAUACUUCAUUAUCAUGUGUAUUACCAGGAGAGGAUGCAUUAACAAAUGUACAAUAUUUGAUAUAUUUUCUGUGGAUAUGGGAAUUUUAUGUUAAAUUUACAAAAAUCAUGUAAUUUUAUCAAUCUGUUUAUAUUUGCUUGCUUUUCAAAGAAAGUGUACGAGACCUCUGGUACCCAUUAGAAUGAUCCUUGAGUAUAAUUCACAUUGCUGACUCUUACCAAACUUUAGACAGGCUUUAAACCUAAGCUUGGUUUAACUGUCAGAAUACCACCCAUUGGGGUUGAUUUGCGUAAUGGGAAAGCGGUCUGUGGUCCAACCAAGAACAAUCAUCAGGGACCCUUUUCAUAAAACUUGUUAUAAUAACAAAUUUACCAUAACAGUUAACAGCUAUUGAAAUACAUCAGGGGCCCAUUUCAUGAAGAGUUGCAACUGUUGUAACUUUGCUAUUAUGGCAUCUACCAUGGUAACCUUGAUUAUGAUUGGCUGAUGAGCCCUGUUACCGUGAUAGUUGCCAUUAUGGCAAAGUUACAACAGUUGCAAGUCCUUUAUGAAACGGGACCCUGAUUGGCUGAUGGUAAAUUUGUUAUAGAAAUUAGGCAUUUGUUACUAUAACAAGUCUUUAUGAAAUGUUACCCUGGGUGUGGGUCGUAAAUAGGUUCACUUUUAAGCCACCUCCACUGGAUUUGCUGCAUUUUUUAUCUAUUUCUUUUUCCUUACACAAGCCUUGCUUUGGUGUUACAUUGUUAGGGAAUAGAUAAUAUAAAAUUAUGUCUAGAUAGAUUCCCCAUUUAAGCAAAUUUAAUCUGAAAUGAUUUGUUGAAUUUGAGUCUUCCAUUAUGAAAUUCCAAUUGUGUAUUUAUCUUCAUCUCUAUUUUUGCAUGCUUGCCCCAAAAUUGGUCACUUUGGCAAUGUGUAUGUGUUUGUUAUUUGCAAUGACUUAUAAAUGGUGUAUAGGUAUAUGUUGUUUUAUAUCAUGUUUUUUUUAAUCAGUUAUGAUAAUGGUUCAUACCAUUUUGUAUAACAACAUUUUUGCAUGACUGCUUUCGGUUAAGGUAUUAUUAGCAUUGUGAUGUUUUAAGCUAUGUAUUUGUUCAUACCCUUUAUGAUAUCCUUUAUCAGGAGAAAAUGUUUUAACUUUGGUAUUUUUUGGAUUUUUUUAGUAAGUCUAAGUAAUUAUUAUCGUGGAUGUAUAUUCAUAAUUUCUGACCGUUGGUAAAAAUCACUUUUAUCGACACCUAGAUGUUGAAUUUGACAAUUUCUGAUGUUAAUUACCUUCUUGAAAUUUAUAAUUUCUGACAAUUGAUAAUUUAUGUUGGGAACAUCAGAGAUGUUAAAUUUGACAAUUUCAGAGAUUAAUUACUUGCUAAAAAUUUAGAAGUUCGGCCAAUUAAUAAUAUUUUUUUGACAAACUAGAGAUUAAUUACCUUCUUGAAAUUUAUUAUUUCUGACUAUUGAUAAAAAUCUUUGGCAUAAUCAUGGCCUAAGAUUACAAAAGUUGUUUCACUUUUUUUUUAUAGAAUUCCUAUUAUUUACAUGUACAGUAUUGUGGAUGCAAAAUGCAAAUUUACAAAUAUGGUAUGCAUCAUAUCAUCAAUAAUAUAUCUCACUCAAAGUUGUGUAUAAUUUGACUGGAAAAGGUUAAAAAGUGUAGUAAUUUUUUACUGGCUCUAGGUACAGGCGAUCUUAAAUGUGAUGUUGGCGAUCGAUUGAUGUAAUUUUGUAACACAACUCCUUGUGUCUAAUUAAGGAUUUAAUAAAUAGUACUUCUGUAUGUUGGGUGUAUGAAAAGAUAAAUUAUUGUAAUUGUGAAAUUUCCAGCACUUUCAAACUAUUCUAGUGAUAUAUUCCUUUUGAAAAUAUAUUUUGUCAUUCUCAGUAUAGCCUGUUUACAAUGAAUGUCUAUUUUUCUUUGACAUUUUGUGUAUUUAUGCUAGAAAUACUAAUUAGAAUUUGGAGAAAUAUUUAAUAUUUUCAUUGAAGAAUCCCUUACUUUAUUAUAACAUUUUCAAACCAUUACAACCAGUAAUAUCUCACUCUUAAUUUUGAAUGUUAACAAGUUACUGAAAUUAUCAAUAGUAAGAGCAUCCAAGUUGUAUAUUUGAAAGUAUUUAUAUUAUUGAACAUAAAACCAAUCAGGACCUUUUGUGAUUAUGGUAACUACCAUGAUUGUCUGUUGAGCCCUGUUUCCAUGGUAGCAGAGUAAUCAUGAGGGCAUGUUCUUUAUGACAUAGGCGCCAGUUUUCAAUAAUAGAAAAUUAUUUCAAGUCAAACGCUAUAUGAUAAAGCUCUAUGAUUUUUUUCAUGUUUGAAUUUGGAGUCUUGUAGUUGGUAUAGCUCAAAGGAACUCAAAAUAGAUGCCAAAUUUGAAUUCUAAUGGCAGUACAAACAGGAAAUAACAACUACACUUUUGUAAUAUUGGAAUGUAUUACUGACCAAUUACCAAAGCGAUUAACAGUUAUUCAGGGUGAACAAUAAAGCACGAAGGUAGUUGAUUUUUUUUAUUUUUAUAAAUUGAUAAAGAACUGCAGAAUUGAAUAUAUCUCAUCAUAUGAGGACGGGUUGAUACAGCAGAUAUGCUCUGAACUAGUACGUGUACUUGUACAUUUGACUUUGUUCAGUACCUGUCAAUUUCAUUCCUUACACGACUUUAUACUUUAAUAGUAACAAUAUGCAAUGCCACGUCUAGAGUCAUUCAAAGCAAACCUCAAGCCAUAUAUUUUCUCAUUAUAUUUUAUAUAACACCCCCCCCCUUCUGUGUAAUAAUUCCCUCUGAGCCUCUGAAUAGGAAACUAGAUAGAAGGCGCACUCUGUGACCAUGACAGCUGAAAUACUUUGACACCGACAGUAAUAAUGAAAACAUUAUAGGACUUGAUUUUAAGUUUGUUGUAUUUUGUAAGUACUAAGUUCUCU